AGCAUCUCUCUCUCAAACGAUCAUCUACCAACAGGCCACCAAACAACCCCCAAUAAAAGGCACGCAGCCUUAGAAUCACAUAAAGAUUCGGCUCCAGAAAUCCUGGAUGGAGGAUCACCCUAAAGAUGACAACAACAAGAAGAAUAUUAAAGCCAUGCCGCCGGCAAUAAGUAUCGGUGGUGGUGGUGGUGCCGGCAGACUUGGAAUGGGUGGUAUUUUGUUGUUUGGUGGAGCUUUGGUCACUGCGACCAUUGUAUCAGCAGCCUUAGCUUUCAAAAUAAGACGAUCAUCUAAAAAAAGCAGGUGGCCAUCACCGGAGACACAGAGUGUCGAUGCACCAGACCAGGUGGAAUUCAUGGUGAAGACUAAUAAAGAUCUUCCUCUUGGCUCUCAGAAUCAGAGUGAUGGGUUAACUAGCAUGAAGGAGAUCAUGCAGACUAAAACCAUUCCAGAUUCGAGUCCGUUUCAGGAGGAAAAGCAAAAGUGUGAGGAAAAAGUGGCCGUGGAGUCUGGAGAUGUUGAUGGGGGUGAAGAAGAGCAGAAGAAAUACUGUAACCAACAGACUGAUUCUGAAGAGGAGGAAUAUAAAGCAAUUGAAGGCGUUGGAGAAAGCAUUCAGGUGGGUGCACUAGCAUCAGAUGAAGAAAGCACAGCAGCAAUGGAGGUUGAUGGGGUUAAAAAAGAGAAAGAAAAAGAUUGUGAAGAUGAAAUGAUUAAUGUAGCGAAUGUUGAGGGAGAGUUGAGUACUAGUGAUGAAGCAAGUUAUGCAGCAGCUGAUCAUGAUAUUGUCAGUGAAACAGAAGAAGAAGCAAUAAACACAGUUUUUUGUGUGCGGGUAGAAAACAAAGAAGCUUGUCUGGAUGAUGAUGAUGAUGAUGAUGAAACCAUUACAAUACAAACCCAAGAAAUGCAUCAGAGUCGGACAUUUGUUGUUGAUGAUGAUGAUGAUGACAGAGCAGCAGUAAGAGAAAAGAGAGCCCUACCACCGAACCAAUUGAUAAUGAUGAAUAAAGAAGAACAAGGCAAAGAUGAGGACAAGGAAUGUGAGGUCCAGUCUAUGAAUAAAGACAAAGAAACACCAUACGUAGAUGCAGAAGCAGAGUUGUUGAUGAUUACAGAAGAUGAAUUAGGAAAAAGCAAGGUGGAAGCUGAUGAUGAAAUCUUGUUAAUACAAUCACAUGCUACUACAGCCAAGAGUGAAGUUGGGAUUUCGGCAGAUGAGUCUGUGCAGUGGGAGGAGGAAGCAAGCCACAUAAUUGAAGAAAGCAUGAAGGAAGAUGACUCAAUUUUACUAGGCAAAGGGCACAAGACCGAUGAUCACCACAAACAUAAACACCAUAAAUCUUUCACACACAGACACAGACACAGGUUUGCCGAAAUUAGUCUUGUUCCUAGUCCUACUUUGUUGCUCAUUUUCAUGUUAUUGGCUCUUGGAACUGGAAUACAAAGAUACCUGGUCAAAUAA